UUUCAGUCAGUCAGUGCGGCCUUCUUUUGAAGAUUUGCAUAAGGGCCCCAUCAGCCAGCCCACUAAUUACCAUGUUUUACAUUCCCUGCCCUCCAAAAGCAUCAUGGCAAAUUAUAUCCCUCUCCUCAACUGGGAAGUAAACCAGCCUCUCUGAGCAGGUGUCAGGAGUAGGACAUUCACAUAAAACAGGAGCAGGAGAGGCUAGACAUCGAUUUUUAAAAAAAUUAUAUAUUUAUUUUCUUUAUUCUCCCCAACCUUCCCUUCCCUUUUCGUUGUGAGAAUAUAUAUUUGUUUUAAUGUUCUCGAAAAUGGUGUCCAAGCUGACAUCUCUCCAACAGGAGCUCUUGAGCGCCUUGUUAGAUUCCGGAGUUACCAAAGAUGUUCUGAUCCAAGCGUUGGACGAUAUGGAUCCCAGCCCGAAUGGCUUUGGAGUUAAGUUGGAAAAUCUUCAGAUGUCUCCGCCAAGUUCAAAAAUGAACGGAAAUGAGUCGGAUUCAAAGCCGGUGUUUCAUACGUUGACUAAUGGGCACGGUAAGGGCAAACUGUCCGGGGACGAGGGGUCUGAAGACGGGGACGAUUUCGAUACUCCACCCAUACUAAAAGAACUCCAGUCGCUUAACACUGAGGAGGCAGCGGAACAGAGGGCAGAGGUUGACCGAAUAUUAGCCGAGGACCCGUGGCGUGCCGCCCGCAUGAUCAAAGGCUACAUGCAACAGCACAACAUCCCACAGCGCGAGGUGGUGGACGUUACGGGGCUAAACCAGUCUCACCUCUCACAGCACCUCAACAAAGGCACGCCCAUGAAAACUCAAAAGCGAGCAGCGCUUUACACCUGGUAUGUCAGGAAACAGCGUGAAGUUCUCAGACAAUUCAACCAGGCCGUGCAAGGUUCUGGCAGCAAUAUGACAGACAAAGGCAGUCAGGAUCAGGUGCUGUUUUUCUUCCCAGAGUUCAAUCCACCUGGUCAGGGAAUGGGGCAACAAGGAGAGGAGGUGGGCACUGAACCCUCCUGCAAGAAAAUGAGACGGAACCGUUUCAAAUGGGGUCCUGCGUCCCAACAAAUCCUCUACCAGGCCUAUGAAAGGCAGAAGAACCCUAGCAAAGAGGAGCGGGAGGCACUGGUUGAGGAGUGCAACAGGGCAGAGUGUCUCCAGAGGGGUGUGUCUCCAUCUAAAGCUCACGGACUGGGCUCUAACCUGGUUACUGAGGUGCGGGUCUAUAACUGGUUUGCCAACCGGCGCAAAGAGGAAGCCUUCCGUCAGAAGCUGGCGAUGGACGCCUAUAGUGGACCCAGCCACAGCAUGAACCCUCUCCUGUCUCACAACCACAGUUCUCCACAUCACCACAGUUCCCAGAACAGUGCAUCCCCACCUAGUAAGAUGCAAGUGCGCUACAGCCAACAGGGGCCUGGUGAGGUCAGCUCCUCGACAACCAUCAGUCACCACGGCAGCAACGCCAUGUCGACCAGUCAGUCUGUGUUACAGCAGGUGUCUCCGGGCAGUUUGGACCCCGGCCACAGUCUGCUGUCACCUGAUGCCAAGAUGAUCUCCGUGUCCGGCGGAGGCCUGCCACCUGUCAGCACACUGACCAACAUCCACAACUCCCACCACACGCACCAGCAGGCACAGAACCUCAUAAUGCCUCUGUCUGGGGUCAUGGCCAUCGCACAGAGCCUGAACUCGUCGCAGUCUCAGUCGGUGCCGGUGAUCAACAGCGUAUCGGGCAGCCUCGCGGCUCUGCAGCCAGUGCAGUUCUCCCAGCAGCUCCACAGUCCUCACCAGCAGGGCCUGAUGCAGCAGUCUCCCAGCCACAUGAGCCAGCAGCCCUUCAUGGCCACUGUCACGCACUCACACAGUCAGUACCUGCCUCUUAUGUACCCACACAAGCAGGAGCCCCCACAGUAUUCCCACCCGUCACGGUUUCCUUCAGCCAUGGUGGUGACCGACGCCAACAGCCUCAGUACACUCAGCUCCAUGUCGUCCAGCAAACAGGAUUCAACUGUAAACAAGAUGGUGCAACUGGGGGGUCUCUCCUGGUGUCCUCUUCAAGCUUGGUGAGAGUGCACUCCUGUCUUCCUUGAUGCCUAGCAACAGGAGCAUAUUUUUCCACCCUCUCACUGUGGUAACCAUGACAACUCCUAAUAACUGGCAACAGCCCGCACUGGAUGACGAGUCAGUCAAUAAAUCCAGAAUGGUGGUGGAUGAGGGUCAGGAGGAGGGACAUUUAAAAGGGGGGUGAGACAGACACUGCAGGUUUGCAAAUCGCCUAAACGUAGGUGGAAGAAACUGGAUUUCCUCUGACAUGCAGAUGAUCAACAAGGAUGUAUGAUUUUUAAAACACAAUCUUGUGAAAACAGUAUUCAUUUCCUUUUUCAGUGAAAAUGUGUGUGUAUAUGACAAAUCGAGGUUUCUAUGUGGCCAAUCAUUUGUGACAUUACCGAGGAACAAACAAAUGGAGCUUCACAUUAGUCUGCACAUGCUGUGUGUUACCAUAUGUACUGUAAGAAUGGACCAGGAGUGGAUGUCCAUCAGCAAGACUAACAUGACACUGUGAUCUGAUUUGGAGAGCUGAACGGAGGGUUGUUUUGGAAUAUACAAUCUGCCUCAGUCUACCCAGAUACACUGGACAGUUUUGGCGAAGCAAUGUGCAUUGAGGACUGGGUGAUUCCCUCUGGUCCAGCGCCUGGACUCACCACGGGCAGAGUUGAAGGAUAUUCUAUAUCUUGUAUCAACAGUCAUGCACAACUAUCAGAACUACUGGAUGACAAUCAUAUUACUUUGUGGAGACCAACUGUAUAAGUUUUGUAGAUAGAUAUUUCCUUUACGUAUUUACCUGCUUUGUUUGAAGGAGUCUUCCAUGAUGGUUUUUCGUGUGUAAUCUUCAUGUAACAUCAUAGUGCAGAUAAUGAUAGGGGCAAUUCGUGGUAACAGCGAGUCGCACUGAGACUUAGAUUUUCACUUUAAAAUGUACCGUAUGUCAAGGAAAAAACAAGUAUUGCAAAGUUACACAAACCCUCCUUUUGGCAAAAUCUAAUUUCACUUUAAAAACAGUUCAGGUUUUGUUUGUUAACAGAGGUUUAUCAGAUACUUUUUAAAAUAUACAUAGUACAUACUGUAUAUAUUCCUUGUACUGGAAUUUCAAUUAUAAAAGGUAUUUUAACAAUUUAUGCUAACAUUAAUUCCAACCCAGAUGAACUAGUCUUUGCCGGUAUAUUACCGUUUUACUGCAAAACUUCAUUCUAUGUUACUUUGAUGCCUUACAAGUGUCUUGAACAUCUCUAUUUGUAACAUUUCCAUUGCAAUCUAGCAAACACAGCUUUUUGUUUGGCAUACAUUUUAAAUUGAAAAAUCUGAGGUUUUGUCGCAAUUUGUUGUGGUAUAUCCCUUAUGUGUCUGAAGGAUUUAACCUUUUGUUAUUUCCCAUCAUGGGGGGGGGGGAAUUAUAGACAAUAUAUUAUUAUUUUUUAUUUUGUUCCAUUUGUAUACUGUGAUUGAAAAGAUAUGACAAUCUUUAGAACUUUGACUCAAUGUGCAUAGAAGUGAAUAUGGUUUGGCAUCAGAUCACCCACACGGGUACAGUACUGCACACUUAGACCACAGAGGAGUGACUGAGAGAGUUGUUGCUAUUGUCAGAACAGCCUGCAAAAUGAUGCAAAAUAUUACGCCAAAGUCUUGGUUUUAUCUACUGUACAUAUAUAUAGAUUCAUCAGAAAAGUAGGGCUGAAUUUAAUCCUCAUCGUUGAAGUAUCGCAUAAGAUUAAUAUUCAAAUGUAAAGGUUAUUUUCUGGAACUAAUAUGCAACUUUAACUGUUAAUGCACUUUUUGUGAGUGUGGGAACAUUGACUUCAAUUUUAAUUGAGUUACAACACUGAUCUUACUUGCUUCUUCUGCAAUACUGAUUGAAUCCAGCCCAGUUGGCCACUUAGGAUGUUAAGUAUUUAUUUGGCGCAUUUCCCUCUGCUCUAAAGAGAGAUUUAGCCUUCCAUGACUUCAUAAGCAAAGUCUGCCAACGUCAGAGAGGGUUGAUCUCCAAAUCUUUUGUCCCAAAUGUGGCCCUAUUCCUUACAUGGAGUGUUGUUGGGAGUCAAACGUAGUCCCUGUCCCAGGAUGGUCCAUCCUUCCCAGGGAGAACUCUGACUGAGCUCGUAGGGUUCAGGUUCAUAUAAGUGUUGGGACUUCACCUCCCAGACUCCAUCUCAUCGCCCACUCACUUCCUCAUUCAUGGCAUUUCAGCAUUUUGAGACACACCAUUUUUUAAUAUCCUCCAUCAUUAACUAUGCCCAGGGUUUAUGAUAAUAUUUAUAAGUAUUUGCAAGGAAAACAGUGACUUGAGACUUGUAAGUUGUGAAGGGUUGAAAGAUGAAAGUGCCUGUGUUUUGACAGCAGCCUUUGUAAUCAGCCUGAAUUCCACCAAGGUUUAGAAGUCAUGGAGGGCAGUAGAUACCCAUGGGAAGGGCUGGUCAUGUAGCCUCACAAACAGUAUUAGGCCAAAAUUAAUUCCGAUCUGCCCUUAUUAGCUAUGCAUUCACAGUUAACACUGUAUUUGUUAGCUCAAUUUAAAAUUACAUCUAAAAGUCCUCUUUAAAGUGAUUAUUCUGCGGUUCAGAUAUAGAUAUAUAUACAGUCAUGCAAUCCAGUUCCAUUUUUAUAAUGAACAUCUGUAUAGCUUACGGACUAUGUUUUCUGAAGACAUUUAUUUUCCUCUUUCUAGAUUAUAGUCAUACCCUGCCAUUGCCAAAGCAUAUGGUUUAGGCACAUUCCGAUUCCUGUUCAAUAGGUCACCACUUUGUUAUUAUUUUGUAUCAAAUAUUUCGGUUUUAAACAUACCCACUGCCAUCCAAUCAGAGGGCAUGCAGGACCAGUUUCAACUGUAGAUGAAAGACAAAGAAUUGAUUUUUUUCUUUGAUGUAUUAUUUUUGUAUAAAAUGGAAAUCAAUCUUUUAAAAUCAUUAUUUAUACUUUCUGAGAAAAUGUUAAUAUUUCGAGUAAAGAUUUUUUUCAAAAUGAAUGGAUAUAGUGUUGGUCAGUGUUUCAUGUUUCAGUGUGUCUAACUAUAAGGAUUUAUUGCUGAAGCCAUAAGAAUGGUUGGCAGGGUUACUGAAGCAGUAUAUGGUUUCUUACGCCCUUGCAAGAUAUAUAAUUAAAAUGUAAUAAGCAUUUGAGGGAAAUUGUUAUCACUCAAACCUAAUUCAAAUCAUUACUGUUUUUGUACAACAUUGACAUCCAUACUUUUUACCUUUUCACCUGACUAUUUCCUUAUGAGAAGUGUGAAAGGAAUGUAUUACUAUUGACCAGAUGUCUCCACGCCCCUCUUGCCUUUGCAAAUCAUGUUUAUUUAAGUUAUCUGAUGAACACACUGAAUUCCUAGGCAUACACAGUGUCCCAGUGUGUGUGUGUUUGUGUGCUUGUGUUUGUGUGUGUGUGUGUGUGUGUGCAUGUUCUUUGCCAGUAGGAACAAUGUGUUACACAAUGUACAUAACCCUUGAAGCAGUGAGCCCUGUUGGUACAUUUCAGUGUUUAUGACCCCCUUCAAAGAUUUGUUGUAUUUCUAUGUGAUAAGACAACAACUCCUUUGAUGUUUGUAGCUCUAAAGUGCAUUUCCGACAGGAAAGACAAUCAACUUCAUUCCACAUUGCAUCUGCAAAUGUCUUACGAGCACAGCCAAUUCUUGAAAACGUCCCCAUGUUGUCAUAAAAUUUACACUGCAGAGUAUUAUUUCAAUUUCUUGCAUGUGAGACAGACAGACAGCACAGUGUUAGUGUCAGGCCUCUCCUACUACAAUCAGAUCCCCAGGCGGAUAAAACAGCUUGAAAGUGCCAGUCUGGCGUUGUCCCUUGAGGCCACAGUAUGAGGAGUGUUACAUUGUUGUCAUGUGUGGUCUUAGUCACCAGAGAGCAUGAAGAGGGGAGUCUGCCUGCCCGCCUCCAACCUGCCUCUGCAGUCUUUUACGUUCUUUUGAUCAGGACUUUGCCUACUAAUGGUGAGAGCAAUAUCUAUAUACAUGGCUACCAAUGUAUAGAUGGUCCAGUGGUGUUGUUUAUUGAUCUGGAUACAUUGAAAUGUAUAGAAGUGAGAGUUCAGUUGUUUUAGUAUAGGACCUGAAACUGUUGAUCAUGUAUGUGUUUCUGCCUGUCAACAGUUUGACCAGUACAUACUGUUUUAUCCUGAUACAAAAUGCCAGUGAUUGAUCAGGAUAAAACAAAUGUUCUCUUCUUAUAAACAGUAAACAAGUCCACUAAAUACUUAAACACUUAAUUAUUUUCAUAAACAUG